AUGAAUAGUCAACCAGUCCAAAAUUAUGGCAAUGGCAUUCAUGGGGCUCAACAACCUGCUGCAGAUCAGAAUGAUAUAUAUAAAAUCGCUUUACGAGAAAUGAUUAAAAACGAAGACGUUUCAAAAUUACCUGAACAGUACGACGCGGUCAAGAAUUGGAUAAUCACGAGCUUCCCUCCUGAAUCAAUCCAGUACCGUGAACUAUACAAAAUUCUUUACGCUUUUUUUUUCCAUUCCAUUAUUAUAAUGUCAGAAAGGGGUGUUGAUAAGCAGGUAGUAACCAAAUUCAUGAAUAGAAAUACAGGUGAUCACCACAGAUAUCACGAUCAAAGCAAGCUCAAAAAGGCUGUUGCAAAUAAUGCUUGUCCUAAGCUCGCCGACAAUGGUUUUAGCCUCAAAAUCACUAAAACAUCGUUCAACACCCUUACUAGCUUUCUCGAAGAGAACUAUUUUUAUACAUUUCUCGGUAUAAUUCAAGAUCGUUUACAUGUCACUUAUAUUCCUUACGAAAAGAUCCUCAAUUCUCCAGAAUCCAUACCAGAGUUCAUUCUCCCUGACAAUGCGAAGAACCCAGAAAGGAGAGAUCCAACUCUUUCCCUUCUUAAAGACAAUUUAAUUGAUCUCAUCAACCAGCGCAUUGAAACUAUUUACCCAGAUGAAGAAACCGCUAACAGACUUAAGAUUUCCCUCUUUGAUGACGAUACUUCUAAGAGAACUCCUCAAGUUGUAAAUUUACCAAAAAUUCCUGUUGAACAAAUCCUUGCAGGAACCAUGCAAGCACAGCUUAUGGCCAAGCUUAACAAAUCCGAGCUCCCGGCCUGCGCAUAUUUUACUUUUCCUACUCAUGAUCAAUAUUAUGAUAUAAAUGACGACGGAACAUUAAUUUCUGUAUGCACAGGUACUGGCAUUACUAAGCUCAUCAGCACAAACGUAUAUACAGACCUCGACGACCUCUUUUUAUACAAAGGAGUUACAGCACAAAACGAAAAGACCGGUCCAGGCUUCGAACUCCUCAAUCAAAUGAUGGUUCCUCGUUAUCCAAUCAAGAACAAGCAAUCCUACGGCGCGGAAGUCUAUACUUACUUCAAUAGAAAUCUUAUUGGUCCGAAACCGUACUGGUGCAAGUUUUCUCCGAACAGCCGCUACCUUAUGACAGGCGGUCUUGGCCAUGUACGCGUCUGGAACUGCGAAAACUCGAUUGUCCUGCAAGAAUACCAUACUCCAUUCAACGUAAACUGGUGUGGCGACUGGAGUCCGUUCAAUCAUCAGAUUGCAAUCGGUUGUGAAGACCCUGUAGCCCUUCUCUACGACACUUCACGUCAAGAACCAAUUCGUGUCUUCACACAACACAACAAACCGAUUGUUGACUUAAAAUUCCAUCCGAACAGUUCACUUUUGGCCACAUGUUCAUGUGAUUGUUCUAUCCAUCUUUGGGACAUGAGAGAUGGAAUGAGUUUGCGCCAGCUCGCAGACAGAAUGAAUGUUCCUAGAUGCAUGCAGUUCACGAGAAACGGAAAGCUCUUGAUAAGUGGAGAUGACUCAGGAGCAAUAACUUCUUGGGACUUGGCAGAAGGAAAUAAACUCGGCCACAUAAUGGCACAUAACGGUCCUGUGAGGGAAAUCGCCAUAUCUGUUGAAGGAACAAUUGUUGCUUCAGUUGGACAGGAAGGAGACAUUUUGUUGUGGGAUAUAGAGAACUUUAGAACUUCUGCAAUAGCUCAGGCAAAGCCAUUGAAGAGAUUGCAGCCAAGAUACGCUGAUACAAGAAGAAUUAAGUUCUCUAAUACUAAUUUACUGUUGGCACUUGGUUCGCAAUGUCCUGCAAAGGCUUAA